AUGGAUAGAAUAAAAGAAUUCUUUCAUACGAAGACACCAAAAGAGAUUAUGCAAGAGAAUAAACGUGCAAUUCGACAAGCAAGACGCGAGCUCGAACGAGAGAAGAAUCGUUUGAACAAUGAAAAGACUCGUAAUGAAAACGAAAUUCGUAAGUUAGCUGCGAAAGGUGAACAGAAAGCAUUACGAACAUAUGCGAAGAAUAUUGUUAACCAACGAAAUCAAAUCAAUAAAUUAGGCGCAAUGGAUGCCACCUUGUCGACAUUGGAGUCCGAGGCAUCAUCUAUGAACGCUCAAAUGACAAUGGCUAGCGUCAUGGUUAAAACAACGAAAACAUUGGCUCGAUUAAAUCGAAUGAUGCCAUUAGCAGAUUUUCAAAAAACUAUGCAAAUGUUCGAACAAAACAUGACCGCAAAUAAUAUCAAACAAGAAAUGAUGAAUGACGCGAUGGACGCUGCUUUCGAAGGUGACGACGACGAAGAAGCAACUGAAGAACUUGUUGAUCAAGUGCUUAACGAGCUGAAUAUCACCAUGGCCAACCAGAUACCAAGCGCAGAACAGAACACCUUGGCUGGUCGUGCUGCCAACCCUGCACAAGGCCAACGUGCAGUCUCGACUGCUGAUGCCGAUUUAGAAGCUCGUUUAGAUGCCUUACGUCGCAAUUGA